AUGGACCUGGGCACCGCCGCGGCGCUCUGCCUGUGGCUCCUGAGCGCCUGCCGCCCCCGGGACGGGCUCGAGGCGGCCGCCGUGCUGAGGGCCCAGGGGGCCGACCAGGGCGGGGACCCGGGCGGCGGCGGCGGCGGCGGCGGCGGCGCUAGACGGAGCCCGACAGGGGCGACGAGCGCGGCUGCCAACCGCGUCUCGCCGUCGGCAGUGGAGUCGGUGGCCAGAGCGCCCAGGCUCAGCGCGGGCUGGACGGCGGGGAACGGCUCCUCUCCCUCGGUGGUGCCGCACCAAUUCAUGUUGUCCCUUUACCGGAGCCUGACCAGCAGGGCGCUCGCUCCUGGAGGGGCGCCCGCUCCUGCCGCCGCCGCCCCCUCCUCCGCGGGCAGCAACCGACGGGCUCUCGCUGACACUGUCACCGGCUUCGCUGACCAGGCGCCCCCAGACGAUGCUUCCGCAGAGACAGGCCAGCGUUUCCUUUUCGACGUGUCCAGCUUGGCCGACGCUGACGAGGUCGUGGCAGCAGAGCUGCGGGUCCUGCGCCGAGCGCCUGCCCCCCAGGGAGAUCAGACCCUGGCAGCCCAGCCCUUCGCCCUGCUCCUGCUUUCUACGUGCCCGGGCGCGGACCGUGGGCCUCGGUUGCUGACCUCGAGACCCGCCAGCCCUUUGGCCUCAGCGCGCUGGGAAGUUUUUGACGUGUCGGACGCUGUGAGGCAGCACCACCCUGAGCAGCCCCUUUGCCUUGUGCUGCGCGCCGUGGGCGGCUCCUCCAGGAGCCCAUUGGCCCUCAGGCUGCUGGGCUUGGGGCUACCCGGGAGCCCGAGGCCGCCGCCCAAUGAGAGGGCACUCCUUGUUGUUUUCUCGCGCGCCCACAGGAAAGAGACCCUUUUCCAGGAGCUGGGGGCUAAGGGCCGGGCCCGGGGGAAGGUGGGAGCCGCGGCCACCGCGGGACGAAGGAAGCGGCGGACUCCGGGGGCUGGGUCCGGGGUCGGGGUCCGGGCGGCGGGAGGAGCUGGGAGCCCUGGAGGGGGCAGCGGGAACCCGGGCCCGGGGCGGGCCCCAGGGCGCAAGGGCCGAAGCCGGUGCAGCCGCAAACCUCUGCAUGUGGAUUUCAAGGAGCUGGGUUGGGACGACUGGAUCAUCGCUCCCCUGGACUACGAGGCGUAUCACUGUGAGGGAGUGUGCGACUUUCCGCUGCGCUCGCACCUGGAGCCCACCAAUCAUGCCAUCGUCCAAACGCUCGUGAACUCCAUGGCGCCCGAGGCCGCGCCGCCCAGCUGCUGCGUGCCUGCCAAGCUCAGCCCCAUCAGCAUCCUGUACAUAGACGCGGGCAACAACGUGGUCUACAAACAGUACGAGGACAUGGUGGUGGAGGCGUGCGGCUGCAGGUAG